AUGGCCGGCGCUCGGCGGGCAAGCGGCGGCGUCGCUCGCCGCGCUCCGUGCCGCUCUCCGGGGAGCCCAGCCGACACGCGCCCCCGCCGCAGGUCCGCUUAUUACGACAUCUUUGACCACUCAUCUCUACGACUGUUGUUAGUGGGGCCGAGAAACUUGAAGCAUAUAUCAAACCAGCAACCUUUUAUAAAAGAAACAACCAGGCAUCGGAUGUUCUCGCAAAGAUGCGGAGUGCGUGAGGGAGCUAUCCUCCUCCUCACGCCCCAAAAGGUAGCUCGCCGCUCGACCAGAACUAGACCUGAGCGUACGGCGCGUAACGUUCUGCGCGCGCCUCAAAGAGCCAAUAGACCACCACAGACGGGGCCCUACAGUGCUGAUAUUCAGUCAGGGUUGCGGGGUGAGCGCAUUGAGGCACUAUGGCUUCGGCCUUAUGCAACAGAAGAAACGGGGGUGCUUUUAGUCACCCUGUACAUCCAAGGGACAGAGAGCACGUCCCGGUACAGAGUAGGCAGUGCCGGGGCAGUCGCCCUCACACCGCUGGAACUACCUUCUGGAGGAAGCGUCAGGGAUAUUCUCUUCUUUACCACUAACUAA